GCAGGAUGGGAGGCGGCGGGUCGGCGCUGAGGGUCUGCGCGGAGCACCGCGGGGGCAUCAACUGGCUCAGCCUGAGUCCGGACGGCCAGCGCCUGCUCACGGGCAGCGAGGACGGCACGGCCCGGCUGUGGAGCGCGGCGGACGGCCAGUGCUGCGCCCUGCUGCAAGGGCACGAAAGCUACGUGACCUUCUGCCAGCUGGAGAACGAGGCCGCCUUCACGUGCAGCGCUGACCGCACCAUCAGGAAGUGGGACGUGCUGACCGGGCAGUGCCUGCAGGUGUUCCGAGGACACACGUCCAUUGUGAACAGGAUCCUGGUCGCCAACAACCAGCUGUUCAGCAGCUCCUACGACCGGACGGCUCGUGCCUGGAGUGUGGACGCGGGGCAGGUGUCCCAGGAGUUCCGGGGCCACCGCAACUGUGUGCUGACUCUCGCCUACUCUGCCCCCUGGGACCUCCCCGGGGCCCCCUUCGAGGAGGAGGCUGUGGCCGGGGGGCUGCUGGUCACGGGCAGCACCGAUGGCACGGCGAAGGUGUGGCAGGUGGCCAGCGGCUGCUGCCAUCAGACCCUGCGGGGCCACACGGGCGCCGUGCUGUGCCUCGUGCUCGACACGCCCAGCCACACGGCCUUCACGGGCAGCACGGACACCACCAUCCGCGCCUGGGACAUCCUGAGUGGGGAGCAGCUGCGAGUGUUCCGGGAGCACCAGGGCUCCGUCAUCUGCCUGGAGGUGAGACCCGCCGUCUGCCCGGGAGUCCCUGGGUCAUCUCCCCAGCCGCUGCCCUGCUCCAGAGUGCUCGUCCGCCCAGGCCGUGUGUCUGAGGGGUGGGGAGAGGGACAGCUGGGGCUGGUUUCUUGUGAGGCCGCACGUGGCCUUCCCUCCGUAUCCACGUUUCCUCUUCUUAUAAGGAUACCAGUCACACUGGGUGGGCGGAGGGGGCCCGGAGGGGGCCCCUGUGACUCGGCCGCCCUGCCCCCUGCCCCGCGGCGUCCUGGCGGCGUGGAGGGCGGGAGGCCAGUGGCGCGUGUGUCCACAGUGUUCACCGGCAGCGGCGACGCCCGCGCGCGCGCCUUCGACGCCCAGUCCGGAGCGCUGCAGAGGGUGUUCCGCGGCCACGCGUUCGUCAUCAACUGCAUCCAGGUAGGCGCGCCCGCCCUGCCGCCCGCCCCGGAGGGAGGGAUCGAGGGGGAAGCAGCACCGGUCCCCACGUCCCCAGCACUCCACCGCCGGCAAGACUUCCUCCCCGAGGCCGAGGUCCCCUGGGCUGAGAUGUCCCCAGCAGUCGGCCUCGGUAGCGGCCGUGCACGCCGAUGCCCGGCCUGC